AUGGCUGAGCUUUCACCAAUUUCUCAAGAAUUACUUCUCAAAGAAAUUUGCUAUAUUAACAAAACAACGUUAAAAUCUGAUAAAACUAAAGUUCACAUUGGUAAUUUAUUACUUUUUGCGCCAAAAUUAAUUAAUAUUGAACAGAUUGAUCAAGAACCAUUAACAAUAGAGUCUGGGUAUGAUUUUUCUUUAUAUAAAAUUCUAUUUGACAUUUGUAAUUAUAAUAAAGUCAAUUUAAAUGAAUCAGAAUUUUUAUCUUUCUAUAAAUUCAUCAAUAUAAAUAAAUUUUCCAAUGCAUUAUUAAAUUAUGUAGAUAAUUCAGUUAUAUCCCAGCACAAUACGGCACAAAUCCUUAAAAUUCUAGAAAUCAAGUUCAAAUUCGACAAAAAUCCAAUUAAAUUUAUAAAUUAUCUGAGUAGAAACACAAAAGAUAUUAGAGUAGAUGAUAUUCUUGGUUUCAAUUUCGAUCUAUUAUGCUAUUUCUUUGAAAAUUUAAAUUUUGAUUUCAAUUUUAUUGAACAAUUUGUUCUAAAAUCAAAAAUAAAGGUGUUUAACUUCCAUAUUACUGAUAUUGACGAAGAAAAGAAAGCAAAAUUAGUGAAAUUGUUUGAUUUCAGUCCAAUUAUCAAAAAACAAAACAAAAAAUCUCAAAAAACAAAGAAAAUCAUCAAAAAACUUGAGAAACCAGUUGAUUACACGCCUGAUUUAUUUGAUGCUGUUUACAGAGGAUCAUUGGAUUGUGUUCUUUAUAAUCUUCAAGAAGAUCCAAAGAGAAUAAACGAGAAAGAUUCAAAAGGAGACAAUUUUCUUUGUUGUGCAGCAAAAUAUGGACAUUUAGAAAUCGUGAAAACUCUCAUUGAAAAAGGUAUUGAUAAGAACAGUCAGAAUGUGAAUGGACAGACAGCGUUGAGCUACAGUUCGAGUGGUGUUGAUGUAGAAAUUGAGGAAUACAUGCUUCAGAAAGGUUGUGAUCCAAAAAUUUGUGGAAAUAAUGGAUGGACUCCUCUUCAUGAUGCAGCAAUGUUAAGUACUUAUAAAAUGGUUCAAACUCUGCUUAAAUAUGGAGCAAAUCCUAACGCAGUUGAUGAAGAAGGUAGGAAACCUGUUGAUGUUGCAAUUGAAGAUGAUAUAAUUGAACUUUUGCAAAAUGUUACAAAUUGA